AGCCGCGCAAGGACCCAACGAGGAGGGCGUUGUAUUAGCAAAGAAAAUGAAGGGCAAGCUGUUGCGUUCCGUCGCCAAAGCCUUUGCGUUCUCUUCGGCGAACGACGCAACUUUGUACCCUACAGAGGAAUCGUUUUUCGUUGCGGUGCAAGCGACGGCCAAACUGGCAGGGGGGACAGCAGAGGAAGGGCUGUGGUCUCACAUUGCAGAGCGCGGGAUUCGAGCUGUUAUAGGGGAAUGCAACAAAAUUAUGACGACGAUCCGCGGAGACAUUACCUGGCAGCUGAAGCAUUGGUUCUGGGCAGAAAAAGGGAUUCCGCUAGUCGGAUCGCAGCAAUCGGACCACCACCUCCCCGCUCGCAAUAAGACGCGCGCCGAGAUGAAAGAGAACAAGACAAGGAGACGGAGCGGCGACGAUCCGUGGGGCGCCCCCGCCUUCAAGACGACACUCUUAAAAGUUUUCCAGAUGAGGAAGGAAGGACGAAACCUCGACGUCACCCUGCAGCAACUCGCUUUCGGGGAGAUGAUCAUUCAUUGUGAGAUAGAACAGACAACGAAGACGAUACGAGCUGCGGAGCAGAUAGAAAAAUUGGUAUCUAUAAAGCAGGCAAUCGUCUCAUCUCUACGAGCGCGCGACACGUCAAACAUGGUAGAGGCGGCAGAAAAGGAGCUGAAGGAGCAGAAGGAGCAGAAGGAGGUGGAGGUGAUGGACACACAAGCGGAAACAAAAUCUGGCAAGAGGGUGGAGAAAGAAGUGGAAAUGAAAGCUGGCGUGCGGCUGAGCUUGGAGCUGAUGGCUGAGUGUGUGCGCCAUCAUCUAGCAGGUGGCAACGAGGAAGAGGACUUAGAGGAGGAGAUGGUGUUCCUGGACUUCCACACGGCCUUCAAAGGAAGUUGUUUGAGGAUUAUCACAUCCUCCCUCUUCAAGUGGCAUAACAUGGACAUGGAACUGAACAGUGGUGACACUGAUGUCGAUGCACAUCCWGCUGUCAAAGACGAUAACAGGGCAUCACUGGCUCCUGAAGUYCUCCUACAGUCUUACCUUGAGUUGAGGGAUGAUGAUGAUGAUGGUGAUGGUGAUGGUCAUGCUUGUGAUCACAGAAAUGCAGUUGCCAGCUGUGGUCCUGACAAGGGCGAAUCGGUCUCGAUGGAACUCACUGAGAGCAAUGUCGAUGACAUCAACAAAAAUGAUGAGGAUGAUGGCCAYGGAGAUGAGAGUAAUGGGCAUGGUCUUGGUCAGGCUGAUGACCUCAAGGAGGAGUUAGCAAAUAGCAGUGCUCGACACUAUUAUGGCAGAGCCCUUGUGACUGAAGUGUGUCAGUUCGAUGUAGGCAAUGACCGCAAUGGUUGCACGGAUGAUCGUGGUGAUGGUGAUGGUGGCCAUGGUGGUGUUGUCGAUGACGUCACACUCUUUGCUGAAAUGAGUCUGUCGAACUUUCAUGAUGGCAUGGGUGGUGAUGAGGGUCUUCGUGAGCGUUAUGAUGACUGUGCAGAUCAAGUCCGCAAUGACCAGCGCGAUGAGGACAUAGUUCUAUUGACUACCCUUGCACACUUGGACGGCGAUCCCGGCACCAAUAAUAAUAAUAAUGAUGAAGAGAAGAAGGAGGAGGAGGUGGAGGGUGAUGCUGGUUAUUAUUCUGCACAGAUAAUGGCUAGCAAUACUGGGGACUUGGAAGAACAGUACGAUUCUGCUGUUAUGCAUCUCCUUGAUUGGAGGGCAUGUGGUGCUACAGAAUUAGAUUGUGCAUUUUGUUGCCGGUGGAGAAGCUGUUUGGACUUUGAGACUUGUUUCCGCCGCUUCGGAAUGGAGCCAUGCACGGCAUGGAGUGAGAGUGAUGAAGUCAUUUGGAACCAGCUGCUGGGCUUUAUCAGAAGCCUAGAGGCUCGGGAGUGCCUUUUGACCGACCGUCGCKAGUACGGUAAUAAGGUGAGGGUAGAAAGGAUGGAUUUUGAUUUGAUUGGGAGUGAUGGCCGACAUCUCCCACUGCAAAUGUUCUUCUGGCAGGGACGUUACGAACAUUCCCGUGACAUGACAGGCUGGUUCGCAGAUGUCGGGGACCGCGACACAGGAUUGUUCAUCUUACAUGUUGGAUGGGGGUGUGAGGUGCAAAGGUCAAGGGUGACAGUGCUAACAGAAAACCUUAAACCAGGGGGGUACAUGCCACACUGUGAUGUCCCUACUGUGCUGAAGACAACAAUGUUCUUAGAUCUCAUAUAUGAAGGAGGAGGAGGAGGAGGAGGAGGAGGAGGAGGAGGAGGAGGACAAGGAGGAGAAGAGGGAGAAGGGGAAGAAGGGGGAGAAGGACAAGGAGGAGGAGAAGCAGGAGAAGGACGUGGUACAGGUUGGACUUUCAAAUUGGAAGACUACCAGGAGGCACAAUUUGACAAUGAAUGUGAUAUAUUAUCCCCAUCUAGUACAAAACAGAGAGGAUCCAGUCCUCCACACAGUGUGAACUGGGAAUUGAUGAAAUCUCUGCAAAAGCUUCACAGGUCUUCCGUCAGUUUUGUGCCGUACGAGUACCACAGCAAGUCCGAGAUUGAGCGCUUGAUUCCCGUUGCAGGUUGAUUGCGAGAACUGGUGCUGGGCACGAUGCACCGAGGUUGCUUUGAUAAGAUGGUUGCCGAAUUGCGGCUUCGUCCUUCAUAUCUGAGGGAUCCCGUCCAGACUGCCUGCGCGCAAUUCGCCCACAUCUUCAAGGGAUCGCAAUGGGAGAAC